AUGGAGGGUCCUCAAUCGCAACGGCGGGAUAUCAAUGAGCUGCUUACUCGAGGAUUCUUCACCACCGCGAGAGGGAAAAGUCCGAAUCCACCAAAUCCACAGUUACCACCGAGACCUAGCGCGUACCACCAUAGCCACCUCUCCGACAACACCCAAGAUGAACCACGAUACGAACGACCUCGCGGCCGAGUUCGCAGACAAAGAGGUCCCAAACCAACAGUGGAGGAGGAGGCCGUUUCUUUGGCCAGGGAGUCAUUUGCAACUUCGAAAGCACCAACUUACGAGCCUCCAUUGCGAGGCAUAAUCGAUCAGAUUCCACUCAUACUUGAGGCAGAUGUCACAGCUGGGGAAGCUGCCAGGCUGCAGGUAGAUCCUGAAUGUAAAAAUCUGGAUGCGGAAAAGAAUGAUGAGAAACGAUUUGUGUUUAUUCCAAAGGCUGAAUCGUCGCUGAAUACCUCCGAAGAAGACUUUAGAAGGAGAAAGGAGGCCAAGCGGAAAGAGACGAGCCAAAGUCAUAAGUCUGAGACGAAGAAAAGAGAUGAUAUUCUGGACAGGGGAGAUAUAAAGGAAAUCAGACCACAAGCGCCACCGCUGCAGAGAAGUCGAAGUAGACAGGAUCUACCGACGCUCGAAACGAAGCUAUCAAGGGAGACGCGUAUUCCGCCGCAAUUUAGAAGAAGUGCUUCUGCGUUUGCAGUGUCUCCCAUUGAUACAGACAAGACGCCAAAAGCAGAUGCAUCAAAUGCGCAUGCUUCAAGUAAUACUAAUCCUGGAGACUAUUUCCUUUCUCCGGACGCCAUUAGGAGUCCACCUAGUUUCAGCUCUUCUGCGCCAAGAUACAACAGUCCUGGUACGUUUGGCGAUAGGAUAAACAAUACGUCUACAUCAGAAAGACGGCCAUCUUCACGGUCUGGAACUCCAUCGGCAGAUAAACGGAGCAGCGGAUCAUUUGAGACAUCCAGACAGGAUAAACGAAGUAGUGGGAGUUAUCAUAUUCCCCUCCCUAGACAAGAAAGUUAUGAGAGGCUGCGGAGACCCAAGCAAUCUUCGGAUGAACACGCAGCACCAAGAAUGGAGAGAAGGGCAUCUGGCUAUUCAGACAGACCAUCGACGGGUCACUCGUCAAGAUCGAAUCAUUCAAAUCAUUCCAGGCAUUAUUAUAGCAGCAGUGAAGAUGAGUUGGUGGACAGCGAUGAUGAUCGUAGUCGUGGACGUGAUUAUCGUGAACCCAAAAUCAAAAAGGCAUUCCCAACUGUCGACGACUAUAGUCGAGGAAAUCAGUCACCGUCGAAAUCAAAUAGAUCCUCCUUGGAUAGCAAAGGUCGGUCUAAGCCGGGGUCAAGAUUAGUCUCACCACUUCCUUCGCCAGGACCAUCCCCAAGUCAUAUUCUCAGAGGUGAUGAGUAUGAACGAAGUCAAACCUUCCCUCGCGAAACCGAAAAGCGUCGUGAUACUCGACCAAUAUCACCACAUUCAGCAGUUGAAAAUCAUGCUCGGAAGGGUUUACUAAAUCCUUUCGAGGCUCCAUCAAUUCCUAUGUCAAUGCCACGGACAAGUGGCACUCCUACACCACCGAACCAAUCCACGCCAUAUCCAACUAAUACCUCUAUGCCCAUUCCAAUUCCACCAAUGGUCAAUAUGUAUUCACAGGGAGAUUCGCCGAGAAAUUCUAUGCCUCGCUAUAACGAAACAAAAGAUGCUACCCCUCGACCUCCAGAAUCUAAACCCUAUUGGCAGCCUCCUCCUUUUGCACCGCCAAUAGAAAAGCUGGAGAGACCUAUGGGGGUCUAUCGUCGACAGUCGGAAGACAUUCAACGUGGUAGCAUCCCUCCCUUACCCACAUGUCCUCGGAUGCAACAUACACGAGGACGAAAUGAUUGGUUGACUUUACCAAAUUGUCCGCCUUUCAAUAUCUGUCCUCAGUGUUUCAAUAACACGAUAGCCUCUACUGAUUUUCGGAAUCACUUUAUACUAGCACCUCAACGUCCGCCUGAUGCAGCUGUCAGAUGUGAUUUUGGUAGUUCACCAUGGUACCGAAUAGCAUGGCUUUUGACGUUGAAAGAGCGACGUCGAGACUUGAAGCUGUUUUAUGGUCUAGCACAUAUUGCUUCAACAGAACCACCCUGUCUAGGCAAACAAGAAGGUGUGCGAAAAUGGCACUCAAUCAUCGAUCACAAAACCGGAUCCACGAUACCAAAUUUCGACGUCUGUCCAAAUUGCGUCAAAUCCAUCGAAAUCCUCCUCCCUCCCAUCCGCGGCGUCUUCGUUCCCAAAAAACAAAGCUCUUCCAACCCCUCUAUCCGUCUCUGCGAUCUCCGCUUCGACAGCAAACGCUUCGUCCAAUACUUUGACGCCCUCGAAGUCACCUCUGACACAGCCGCCCGCUACGACGAAGAACCAGACACCCGCUCUCUCGUCUCCAUGACGCGCCGCCUCUCCCAACUCGAAGAAUGCGAGGGGUCUAAAGACCUCUUUGAUCGUAAAUGGCAUAUCAUCACACAACUUCCUGAGUUCACCGUCUGCGAAGAAUGUUUUGAUGAGGUCGUGUGGCCGGAGAUGCAUCAUACCAUCCCGAAGCUCUUCGCGCAGAAUAGGGUUAGACUGCCAAAAGCGAGUUGUCAGCUCUAUAGUGAGCGCAUGAGGAAGGUCUUCCGGGAUGCGUGUCACGAGGAUGAUUAUAAGAUGUUGGCGAGCAGGGCGAGGGAGAGGAAGAGCGUGGAGGGAGCGUGGAAGAAGGAUUUGAAGGAUUUGAGGGAGAGGGUGGGGUUGGGGUUUGAGUCGGGGGCGUUGGCGAGGGAGGUUGAGAGGGUGGAGGAGGAGUGGAGAAGGUGGGAGUAG